AACAACCUUUCGACAUUUCCACUAGUACACACCCAACCCGAUGUCCUGAAGAAUCUCUCAAUGUUACGUCAACACCGGUAGCAUCACCUACAGCUUCUAAUUCGCACAAUCAUAAGCUACCAUGUCUUCACGAGCAGACACUGGCGCGCCGGCGCCAGAUGAUAAAAUCGCAGCCUUGAAAAAAGUCCUCUAUGACGAGUGUUUUGAAUCUUUCGAAGAUAAUCCUACUUUUUUCCAAGAAGAUCUGUUCGAACUCAAUGUCCUACCUAAUGAUGAUGUGUCCAUACUGCUAGCUGUCACCCAGGGCCUCACAAAUGAUAAGUUGUUCAAGGUGGUUCAGGAUUCGCAGAGGGGCAUCGGAUGGAAAUUGCGUACUCAAGAGGAAGCCAAGAAGUAGGACCUUUAUUUCUCCCAUUUGCGCCCAAUUUGCCAAAAUUUCAAAUUAGAGUUGCCCGCAUAUAAUAUAUAGACGGUGCUAAUGAAUUCCCGUACAAUAGUUACCGCAGUCUUUCCUCCGAGCAAGAAAUUGUCUACGCACUCAUCGACGAAGCCGCAGAAGAAGGAAUAUGGACCAAAACCAUCAAGGCGAGGUCCAACCUGCACGAUGCCGUUUUUCGCACUGCCCUCAAGCAUCUCGAAACGAAGCACUUGAUUUCAGAGAUGAAAUCCGUGGAAAACCGCAAUCGGAAAAUGUACAUCAAAUCCAGCCUGCAACCUUCCGAUCGAGCCACUGGCGGAGCAUGGUAUACCGAUAAUGAGCUAGACGAGGAGUUUAUCACGCAAAUCUCGCAUAUCUUAUUUGAUCACAUCCACAGAAAAUCUUUCUAUAAAUCUAGUUCGGCGAGUUUGAAGAAGCCGAAAAAGGUUGUAGGGAAGAAGAUGUCUGCGGAUGAAGCCAAAGCGUUGAGAGACAAAGCUUUAGGAGGCAGAGUCAAAAUCGAAGAUACCACCGAAGAUGAUGCUGUGGAUGGAGCUAGGAGACAUUACGAUGCAUUAUUACCUAUGCCACCCGGCUACCAAGGAUAUCCGACCCUUAAUGAACUCACGUCUUUCAUUGAGAAUUCCGGAGCUACGGCUAUGACACUGACUGCUCAGGAUAUUCAGCAAUUGCUGGAAAUAUUGAUUUUUGAUAAUAAGAUUGAGAAGGUUCUUGCGGGUCCAGAAGGUGUUUGCUAUAGGGCUGUAAGAAAAGGAUUUAGGGAGGAUCAGGAAGGUGGCCCGUCUAGUGCUUUGACGGAUGUCCCAUGUGGACACUGUCCGGUUGCUGAUCUUUGCGAGGAAGGUGGGCCCGUAGGACCAAGUACUUGCGAGUAUUUUCAGACAUGGUUGAAUAUUUAGGGGCGAAGAUGGAUAUCGGGAUAGGAUUCUAUUACAUAGCAUAGCGACGGCCGGCUUUGGAGUUAAGGAAAGAUACCACAGACAGGACAUGAAACAGUUCACUCGUCUAGUCACAA